AUGUCUCUUGCGUUAUCAAAAAAUAAUCCAGAAAAUUGGUUAGGAAAGCUGCCUCUCUUAGAGGGAAAGCACGAGGCAUCUUGUACUCUCAAGUCUGCUAAGCAAAAUAUUUCACAAACAUCCACCAUGAAGACAACAGAUGCUAGAAUGACGGCGAAUGCCAUCAAGACCCCAAUACAACCUAUGUCAAAAAAUACUAAGCAUAAAUGUCUCCCAGUAGAUUGGAUGGAGAGGUUGCCUCUCAUAGAAGGAAAACCUAAAUUGCAACCAGUUCAGUGGCCAAAUAAUAUCAGCUGCCCGGAAUCGUAUAAGAAUGAUAAUUAUUUUUUAGAGCUCAAUUGGAAAAAACGGACACGUUUAACACGCAGUCGCUGUCACAAGCGGGACUGGAUCAAUCACCUGCAGCUUUUCCAUCGCACUAUGAAACGAUAAAAAUGCCGAUUCCGACAAGAAUUACUCAUCGACAACAACUAUUUUCUAAAACCGCGAGCACCACUCCCCACAUUAAUACGCUUUAUUCUGAUAGAAGAAGGUCCCAUGAGCCUACGAACUGUAUCAAGGUAUCUACCGAUAUAAAAACGAAUAAACAGACUAUUCCUUCCUUAUUUUUAAUUAAUGCUUGUCACAUUCUGAAUAAAAUGGAUGAGCUCAGCUCAGUUGCGGAAAUUAAUGGUCCUGACCUUAUUUGUAUUUCUGAGACCUGGCUAGAUCCCAGCAUAAACAAUGGAGUUAUAUCUAUUGGACCUAACUAUACUCCGUACCGAAAAGAUAGAGGAACACCUGGCGGCGGUUUAAUUACUGAUGUUAAAACUGCAAUACCUUCUAUCCGCUUGUUUGACAUGGAAGAGGAAGGCAAAGAGGCUCUGUGGCUUUUGUUGAAACCACAAAGACUUCUAAGGCCUUUCAGUUGCAUUGUUAUAUUAUGGUUGCAGUCUAUUAUCCCCCAGGUCAAGCGGCUAUAAAUGAGAUAACUAUGAUUGAUUAUCUUAUUAAUGGAAUCGACUUUAUUCUACAAAGCUAUCACUCUGCUGGAAUUAUAAUCGCUGGAGACUUUAACAAAAUGAAAUUUGGAACAUUAUUUAAUUGUUUUGAUUUGAGGAAAAUUGUUAAGAAACCAACUUGCCAGAACAAUACUUUAGAUCAGAUAAUGACUAAUAUGUCGCCACUGUUUCAAGAAGUGCAACAUCUUCCUCCCUUAGGUCGAUCGGAUCACCAAUGCCUCCUUUUGAAUCCAAAACAUCGGACGAGUACACCCCCAAUAACUAAAACAUUUCGAUCGAUGAAACGUUCAAACUUAAUAGCUCUCGAGCCAAGACUAAGCAGAACUGUCUGGGAUGCAGUAUACGAAGCAGAAGACGUAGAUGACAAAGUCUCAAUUUUCAAUGGACUUACUAGUCAAGCUCUAGACGAAUGUAUGCCUCUGAAAUCCAUACGCCUACAUCCCACGGAUAAACCUUGGAUGACUCCGAACAUUAAAGCAAAGAUUAAGCUUAGACAACGGGCUUUUACUCGUGGCAACAUGACCCAGUAUAAUCUGCUAAGUGCACAAGUAGAAGAUAUGAUUAGGAAAGCCAAAUCAAAUUACUAUCAAAAUAAAGCUAAAACAUUCCGCACAUCUGACCCUGCGAAAUGGUAUAAAGCAAUUUAUAAUCUGUCCGAAGUAAGUAGUCAGCAUGAAGGCCUAACAGUAAACUGCAUGGGUAGCGAGGCCGCUUUAGCAGAACAAUUUCAAAUAUCCUUUACUGAACCAUGGAAAGACCUUAUUAGAACAAGUAUUCCCCAACUAGAUGAAGCUGAGUCACUUCCCAAAAACUAUCUUCCCCCCUCUACCUAGUAUUGGCCAGAUUAAGAGCGUCCUAAAUCACCUUAACCACUCGAUGGUGUUCCAGCAUGGUUACUUAAACGAUUCUCUAGCGUUCUAGCGCCAAUUGUUCAUGACAUCAUUACGGCUAGCAUUAAACAGUGUAAGUAUCCAAGUCAUUACAAACAUGGCCUGGUCACACCUGUGCCUAAAGCAUACCCACCAACUGACGUUAGUAACGAUUUUAGACAAAUCUCUGUUUUGCCACAUAUUGGGAAAAUCCUAGAGAGAGUACAAUUACAACUCAAUCAAAAUGACAUCAUACUACGUCCCAGUCAACAUGGUUUUACUAGUGGCCGCUCUACUAAAUCGGCUCUGAUAUCCAUCACACAGCCAUGGUUUAAUGCUACUCACAAUACCUGCCGUGACAAAGCAGGCAUCCAUGCCCUCUUUAUCGACUUUAAAAAAGCCUUUGAUCUAGUUGAUCAUGGGAUCCUGUUGAAUAAACUUGCAUUGAUGAAUGUUAAUAAAAGCUUCUGGUUGUGGGUCAAAUGCUUCUUAUCUGGUAGAACUCAGCAGGUCAAGAUAAAUAAAACACUUUCAUCGAUCGAGGGUUGCCCAGCUGGAGUACCGCAAGGAUCUGCUCUUUCGCCGACUCUUUUUAAUAUCCACAAUGACGACUUAGAUACGAGUGCUCCUUAA